UCUUCAUUCCCAAUUUCCAAAAGAGUUGCAGGCAGCCUCUCCGGCUCCAAUUCCAGUCGAACGCCGAAAUGCCAUCGAAGAGUAACUGCUCUCUCUCUCUAUCUUCUCUCACUCCAUUCACACUAUCUCAUCAUCUAACAAGCCUCAAUCGAACCUUCCUCAAACUCCAUCCUUCCAAAUCCACUCUCAUCAUUUGUAAAUCAUCCAUAUCAGAAUCAUUCAGUAAUAGAAACCCUGAACCUCGUCAACCGUUAUCUAUACAUAAUUCAGAAGGAACCGGCGCCGCUACUCCAACCAGAGGAGAUAUCUUCCUUGAUUAUCAACAAGUUCUCGCAGCUUCAUCUGCUGUUCUGUCAACGACCAAGAAGAAGAAGAAACAGCAGCAGAAGAGUGAGAAACAGCUUAGUAAGCCUUUUAAAGCUUCCAUAGCUAUUUCUAGCUGUUAUGGAUGUGGAGCUCCUUUACAGACUGAGGAAAAUGACGCUCCUGGUUAUGUAGACCUAGUUACAUUUGAACUGAAAAAGAAACAUAGGCAACUAAGGACGGUUUUAUGUGGAAGGUGCCAGUUACUUUCUCAUGGACACAUGAUUACCGCUGUAGGUGGAAAUGGAGGUUAUUCUGGAGGAAAACAGUUCAUUACUGCAGAUGAAUUACGAGAGAAACUAUCCCAUUUGCGUCACGAGAAAGCUCUAAUUGUUAAAUUGGUAGACAUAGUAGACUUCAACGGAAGUUUUUUGGCUCGUGUGCGUGAUCUUGCUGGUGCAAAUCCGAUAAUACUAGUUGUUACAAAGGUUGAUCUCCUUCCAAAAGGUACUGACUUUAAUUGUGUUGGUGACUGGGUUGUGGAUGCUACCGUGAAGAAAAAGCUCAAUGUUUUGAGUGUGCAUCUAACAAGUUCAAAAUCUCUUGUUGGUAUUUCUGGUGUUAUUUCUGAAAUUCAAAGGGAGAAAAAGGGUCGAGAUGUGUACAUUCUGGGUUCAGCCAAUGUGGGAAAAUCUGCUUUCAUUAAUGCAGCACUAAAGAUUAUGUCAUAUAAGGAUCCAGUUGCUGCUGCAGCGAGGAGAUACAAACCAAUUCAAUCUGCUGUACCUGGGACUACAUUAGGUCCUAUCCAAAUCGAUGCUUUCUUCGGUGGAGGGAAACUAUACGACACACCAGGUGUUCAUCUUCAUCAUAGACAAGCUGCUGUUGUCCAUUCGGAAGAUCUACCCACCCUUGCGCCACAGAGCCGGCUUAGGGGUCAGUCAUUUCCAAAUCCCCGUGUAGCACUGGAUGAAGUGAAAGAUGCAGAUGUCGUAUCCAAUGGACUAAAUGGGUUUUCAAUAUUUUGGGGAGGUCUCGUCAGAAUUGACAUCAUUAAAGCCCUUCCUCAGACUACUUUGACAUUCUAUGGACCUAAGGCAUUGCAAAUUCAUAUGGUGCCUACAGCUAAAGCUGAUGAGUUUUACGAGAAACAACUUGGAAUUCUGUUGACUCCUCCAACCAGUAAAGAGAGAGGAGUCAACUGGACAGGACUUGAGGCACAACGGUUGCUGAAAAUAAAGUUAGAAGACGCUCCCAGGCCUGCUUGUGAUGUAGCUAUAUCUGGCCUGGGAUGGAUUGCUGUUGAACCAUAUGGUAGUAAGAAUAUGGAGGAAUCAUCCGCAAAGAGAUUCUUCUUAGAAGAAGAGGAAGAGUUGCAGUUAAUGGUCCAUGUACCUAAGCCUGUUGAGAUAUUCGUUCGACCUCCAUUGCCGGUUAGCAAGGCAGGAGCAGAAUGGUACGAGUACAGGGAUUUGACGGAGAAGGAAGUGGAUGAAAGACCAAAAUGGUACUUCUAAUAUUAUCAUGAAUCCAGACCAAAAAAGUGUUUCUAAAUCGGCCUAAAUGUGCUAUAGUUGGCUUGUAAUUUUCCACUCAUGGGUUUGUUUAGGUCAAAAUUUGUGCCAUGUUGUUCCAACAUGUCAAUAUUUUUCACUCUCAACUAAAAUUGGUACAAGUCAUUUUUGAGCAUAAAGGUAUGUACAUAUAAUUAGUCAUAUCCAAAUAUUAGGGCAUAAAAUUACCAUAUCUUUCUCCUGUUUUAGAAGCUCAUGAAAAAGCUCAUGACUUUGGUUUUCAAUCUGAUCACGGUCUCUAA